AUGGAGGAUAUAUCGGAGCCUGGUAGCACAGAUUGCUUGGUGGACAAUCUUAAAGCUGUUGUCAGGAAGCAGGAGGAGCCUUGGCGACAAGCGUCAGAGGACAGUGAAUGCCCAGUGCAUAAGGAGCGGAAAACAAAGCACAAGAAAGAAACUUGUCAGCAUCGGAAGCACCGUCGUCACCGGCGGAAGAACAGCAAUAAUGAGGACCGUGAAGAAGGUGAGAUUGUUGAAGAAAGGUCACCGUCAUCUUCAAGCCGACGACGAAAGGAGAGAGACAAGCAUAGAAGCAGUGGCAGCAGCAGCAAACAGCACACUCGGCACAGCAGCAAAGACCGACGACGGAGCAUUUCAAGAGAACGCCACGAGCACAGGCACAGCAGUCGCCACCGUAGAGACCACUCAGAAGAGCGCUCCUCCGAGAAGUCCUCAAAGCAUGAGGAUUCGCGUCGAACAGAUGACCGAGAUGUUGCGCCUACGGAGACGGACUACGGCCACUUCAGGGAGCAGCGCCACUGCAGCCCUUACGUGACCUCUUCGGACGGCAGACGAGCUGUCAUAACCGGGAAUACAAGAAACCGGCAUGCAAGGGACGCCCAUCGGCGUACCUGCCUGACGCUGUCCACGUUCCACAGGAACGCGGGAAAUAUCUUGGUGCGCUGA